UCCGUGAAGCACAUUUCCUUCCUACUCUUUGCCUCUCUUAUCUGGGAGAAUUUUUUUUUUCCCCAAAGCGAAGCAUGAACUGUUGUUAAGUGGAAAAUGGAGGCUGAGUUUUACAUGACGAUUCUAACCUGCUUGAUCCUCCGGAGCUUGGAGGGCUUCCAGAUAGUCCACGUGCGCAAGCAGCAGUGUCUCUCCAUAAAUCAGAAGGUGAUUAUGGGCUCAUGCAAUGGCACCAGCCACAACCAGCAGUGGCUGUCAACUGAGAAUGGAAAGUUCCUUCACAUUAAAUCUGGAUUGUGCCUGGGCAUCUCCAAGUCCUCGAGGGGCCCCUUCCAACCAGCAGUUGCCACUCCCUGUGCCCAGGCACCCCGAUGGACCUGCCAUGCUCAGGAAGGUUUCCUUGAGGUGGAGAAUACCUCACUCUUUCUCAAGAAACAAAACCGUAAGGUAGUGGUCAGGAAGAUCAGUAAAUACCUCGAUAGCUGGAUGAAAUUAGACACCAACAAGGAGGGCAGGCUGGUCAAUGAAAGCCUCUGCCUGAAGCAAGCUGGCCUGGGUACAGAAGUCUCCGUGCGGAUUGCUAGAAACUCAGCUGCUCCCCAGAUCCCCACUACUUCUAACACCAUCCCAUAUAACCCAGACCACAUUAGCAACACCACAGAGACCCUGCAGAGCACUGCAGAGACCCUCAGGAGCACUGCAGAGUCCCUUGGGAGCACUACAGAGACCCUUGGGAGCACUAUAAAGACCCUUGGGAGCACUAAAGAGACCCUUGAGAGCACUACAGAGACCCUUGGGAGCACUACAGAGACCCUUGGGAGCACCACAGAGAUCCCUGGGAGUACCACAGAGACCCUUGGGAGCACUGCAAAGACCUACAGUCUGAGCAGCAGCAAGAGAGAUCUCCCCAGCCUGCACACAGCUGGAACUACAGACACAUCCUGGAGUCCACCGACUACUCCACCUUUCUCCAGCACCACUGCAGAGACUGGAGCGGCAGAACAAGUGAAAUGUAACUUCACACUGUUGGAGCCCGGAGUCUCUAGCUUGUCGGCAUCUAUCCAGUGGAGGACUUUGGGGUCACCCUGUAACUUUAGCCUCAUCUACAGCAGUGAUACCUCAGGGCCCAUGUGGUGCCAUCCCAUUAGGAUAGACAACUUUACCUAUGGAUGUAACCCAAAGGAUUUACAAGCAGGGACCAUCUAUAACUUCAGGAUUGUUUCUUUGGAUGGAGAAGAGAGAACUCUGGUCUUACAGACAGAUCCCUUGCCUCCUUCGAGGGUUGAAGUCAACCCCGAGAGGACAGCAUCAACCGCCCUACAGGUCCGGUGGACUCCCUCUCCUGGAAAAGUCACCUGGUAUGAGGUGCAAUUAUUUGAUCCCAACAACCAAAAGAUACAAGAAGUCCAAGUUCAAAAGAGCAACACUUGGAGUCAAUAUACUUUUCUGAACCUCACUGCGGGUAUCAGUUACAAAAUCGCCAUCACAGCUGUUUCAGGAGAAAAGCGUUCCCUCCCGGUAUAUACCAAUGGAUCUACAGUACCAUCUCCAGUGAAAGAUCUUGGCAUUUCCCCCAAUCCUAAUUCUCUCCUAAUUUCCUGGUCUCGUGGUUCUGGGAAUGUGGAACAGUACAGGCUGGUGCUAAUGGAUAAAGGGGCCAUCGUUCAAGACGUGAAUGUGGACAAGCAUGAUACUUCUUAUGCUUUUCACGGGCUGACCCCUGGCCACCUCUACAACCUCACUAUUGUCACUGUGGCCUCGGGACUACAAAACUCCAGGUGGAAACUGGUGAGGACCGCUCCUAAGGAAGUCUCAAAUCUGAAGGUGACAAAUGACGGCAGUUCAACCUCUCUGAAUGUGAAGUGGCAGAAACCUCUUGGGGACGUAGAUUCCUACAGCAUUACCCUGUCUCACCAAGGGACUAUCAAGGAAUCCAAAACGUUAGCACCUCGUGUUACUGAAACUCAAUUUAAGGACUUAGUCCCUGGACGGCUUUACCAAGUUACCAUCAGCUGUGUCUCUGGGGAACUUUCUGCGGAGAGGUCGGCAACGGGCAGAACAGUUCCAGAAAAAGUGAGGAAUCUGUUUUCCUACAACGAGAUUUGGAUGAAGUCCUUCGCUGUGAACUGGACGCCCCCUGCUGGAGAUUGGGAGCACUAUCGCAUCCUGCUCUUCAAUGAAUCUUUGGUGCUCCUCAACACCACCGUGGGAAGGGAAGAGACACACUAUGCCCUGGAUGGAUUGGAGCUCAUACCAGGGAGACAGUAUGAGGUAGACGUCAUUGUUGAAAGCGGAAAUCUGAGGAAUCCCGAGCGCUGCCAAGGCAGAACAGUACCCUCGGCUGUCCUCCAGCUUCGGAUCAAGCACGCUAACGAAACUUCAUUGGGUGUCACAUGGCGGCCCCCGCUAGGGGAGUGGGAGAAAUACAUCAUCUCUCUGAUGGACAGAGAGCUCUUGGUCAUCCACAAAUCCCUCUCCAAAGAUGCCAAAGAAUUCACUUUCACAGACCUGAUGCCUGGACGGAAUUAUAAAGCUACCAUCACUAGCAUGAGUGGAGACUUAAAACAGUCAUCUUCAAUCAAAGGAAGGACAGUGCCUGCCCAAGUGACUGACUUGCACGUCAGCAACCAAGGGUUGACCAGUAGUCUGUUUACUAACUGGACAAAGGCAUUAGGAGAUGUAGACUUCUACCAAGUUUUACUGAUCCACGAAAAUGUGGUCGUCAAAAAUGAGAGUGUUUCCAGUGACACCAGCAGAUACAGCUUCCGUGCUCUGAAAUCCGGCAGCCUCUACUCCGUGGUGGUGACCACGGUGAGCGGAGGGAUUUCUUCGCGGCAGGUGGUGGCAGAAGGAAGAACAGUCCCGUCCAGCGUGAGUGGAGUGACAGUCAACAAUUCUGGCCGGAAUGAUUACCUCAGCGUCUCCUGGCUGCCGGCGCCCGGAGAGGUGGAUCACUACGUGGUGACCCUCUCCCACGAGGGCAAGGUGGUUCAGUUCCUCAUCAUUGCCAAAUCUGUCAACGAGUGUUCCUUCAGCUCCCUCACCCCAGGCCGCCUCUACAAUGUCACCAUAACCACCAAGAGUGGCAAUUAUGCAAGCCACUCCUUCAGCGAAGAACGAACAGUGCCUGACAAGGUCCAGGGAAUCAGUGUUAGCAACUCUGCCAGAAGUGACUACUUAAAGGUGUCCUGGGUGCAUGCCACUGGAGACUUUGACCACUAUGAAGUCACCAUCAAAAACAGAGAAAGCUUCAUUCAAACCAAAAGCAUCCCCAAGUCAGAAAAUGAGUGUGUAUUUGUUCAGCUCGUCCCUGGACGGCUAUACAGUGUCACCGUCAGUACAAAGAGUGGACAGUAUGAAGCCAGUGAACAAGGGACGGGGAGAACGAUCCCAGAGCCUGUGAAGAACCUCACGCUUCUCAACAGGAGUACUGAGGAACUCCAUGUGACUUGGUUGCGAGCCAGUGGGGAUGUUGACCAGUACGAGGUCCAGCUGCUCUUCAACGACAUGAAAGUCAUCCCCCCUAUUUACCUCGUGAACACGGCAACUGAGUAUCAGUUCACUGCACUCACCCCGGGGCGCCAUUAUAAAAUCCUCGUCCUGACCAUCAGUGGUGACGUCCAACAGUCAGCCUUCAUCGAAGGCCUCACAGUUCCUAGCACUGUCAAAAAUAUUCACGUCUCUGCCAACGGAGCCACAGAUAGGCUGGUGGUAACCUGGAGCCCCGGUGGUGGAGAUGUUGACUCCUAUGAGGUGUCUGCAUUCAGACAGAAUGAGAAGGUCGACUCUCAGACUAUCCCCAAGCACGUCUCAGAGCACACGUUCCCCAGGCUAGAGGCUGGAGCCAAGUACAGGAUCGCCAUUGUCUCUGUCAGCGGAUCCCUAAGGAACCAGAUAGAUACACUCGGGCAGACAGUUCCAGCGUCUGUCCAGGGAGUCGUCGCAGACAAUGCCUACAGCAGCAACUCCUUAACAGUAAGUUGGCAGAAAGCCCUUGGCGUGGCAGAAAGAUACGACAUCCUGCUUCUAAAUGAGAAUGGAAUUCUCUUGAGCAACACGUCAGAGCCAGCGACUGCAAAACAGCACAAAUUUGAAGAUCUAACACCAGGCAAGAAAUACAAGAUACAGAUCCUGACUGUCAGCGGAGGCCUCUUUAGUCAAGAAGGCCAGGCUGAAGGCCGAACAGUCCCAGCAGCUGUCACCAAUCUGAGGAUUACAGAGAACUCCAGUAGACACCUGUCCUUCAGCUGGACCGCCUCAGAGGGCGAACUCAGCUGGUACAACAUCUUCCUGUACAACCCAGACAGAACUCUUCAGGAACGAGCUCAAGUUGACCCGCUAGUCCAGAGCUUCUCUUUCCAGAACUUGCUACAAGGCCGAAUGUACAAGAUGGUGAUUGUCACUCACAGUGGGGAGCUUUCCAAUGAGUCCUUCAUUUUCGGCAGAACAGUCCCAGCUGCCGUGAACCAUCUCAAAGGAUCCAAUCGGAACAUGACAGACAGCCUUUGGUUCAGCUGGAGUCCGGCCUCCGGGGACUUUGACUUCUAUGAGCUGAUUCUCUACAAUCCCAAUGGCACGAAGAAGGAGAAUUGGAAAGAAAAGGAUGUGACAGAGUGGCGCUUUCAAGGCCUCAUUCCUGGAAGGAAAUACACCCUGUAUGUGGUGACUCACAGUGGGGACCUCAGCAGUAAAGUCACAGGGGAGGGCAGGACAGCCCCAAGUCCUCCCAGUCUUUUGUCAUUCGCUGAUGUCUCGAACACCUCCUUGGCCAUCACCUGGAAGGGACCCCCAGACUGGACAGACUACAAUGACUUUGACCUGCAGUGGCUCCCUGGAGACGUGCUUACUGUCGUUAACCCCUACAGCAGCAGAAAAUCAGAAGGACGCAUUGUGCAUGGGCUCCGCCCAGGGAGGUCCUACCAAUUCAGUGUCAAGACCGUGAGCGGAGAUUCCUGGAAAACCUACAGCAAACCAAUUUUUGGGUCUGUGAGGACAAAGCCAGACAAGAUACAAAACCUGCACUGCCGCCCCCAGAACUCCACGGCCAUUGCCUGCUCUUGGAUACCACCUGACUCCGACUUUGAUGGCUACAGCAUUGAAUGCCGGAAAAUGGAUACCCAAGAAAUCGAGUUCUCCAGAAAGCUGGAGAAAGAAAAAUCACUGCUCAACAUCAUGAUGCUAGUGCCUCACAAGAGGUACCUGGUGUCCAUCAAGGUGCAGUCUGCCGGCAUGACCAGUGAGGUGGUGGAAGACAGCACCAUCACCAUGAUCGACCGCCCUCCUCCACCGCCUCCACAUAUCCGUGUGAAUGAAAAGGACGUACUGAUCAGCAAAUCUUCCAUCAACUUUACUGUCAACUGCAGCUGGUUCAGCGACACCAACGGAGCUGUUAAAUACUUCGCCGUGGUGGUGAGAGAGGCUGACGGCACGGAUGAGUUGAGACCAGAACAACAGCACCCUCUUCCUUCCUACUUGGAGUACAGGCACAAUACCUCCAUCCGUGUCUACCAGACCAAUUACUUUGCCAGCAAAUGUGCCGAAGGCCCCGACAGCAGUUCUAAGAGUUUCAGCAUUAAGCUUGGAGCACAGAUGGACAGCCUCGGAGGCAAAUGUGAUCCCAGUCAGCAAAGAUUCUGCGAUGGACCCCUGAAGCCACAUACCGCCUACAGAAUCAGCAUCCGGGCUUUUACACAGCUAUUUGAUGAGGACUUGAAAGAGUUCACAAAACCUCUCUAUUCGGAUACGUUCUUCUCUAUGCCCAUCACCACGGAAUCAGAGCCCUUGUUUGGAGUCAUUGAAGGUGUGAGUGCUGGCCUGUUUCUAAUUGGCAUGCUGGUGGCCCUUGUCGCCUUCUUCAUCUGCAGACAGAAAGCUAGCCACAGCAGGGAAAGACCAUCUGCCCGUCUGAGCAUACGUAGGGAUCGGCCUUUGUCUGUCCAUUUGAAUCUGGGCCAGAAAGGCAACCGGAAAACUUCUUGCCCCAUAAAGAUAAAUCAGUUUGAAGGACAUUUCAUGAAGCUGCAGGCGGAUUCCAACUACCUUCUAUCCAAGGAAUAUGAGGACUUAAAAGAUGUGGGUAGAAGCCAAUCGUGUGACAUUGCCCUCUUGCCUGAGAAUCGAGGGAAAAAUCGAUACAACAAUAUAUUGCCCUACGAUGCCUCGAGGGUGAAGCUCUGCAAUGUCGAUGAUGACCCGUGUUCAGACUACAUCAACGCCAGUUACAUCCCCGGUAACAACUUCAGAAGAGAAUACAUCGCCACUCAGGGACCGCUUCCGGGCACCAAGGAUGACUUCUGGAAAAUGGCGUGGGAACAAAACGUUCACAACAUCGUCAUGGUGACCCAGUGUGUUGAAAAGGGCCGGGUAAAGUGUGACCAUUACUGGCCAGCAGACCAGGACCCCCUCUAUUACGGUGAUCUCAUCCUGCAGAUGGUCUCAGAGUCUGUGCUCCCCGAGUGGACCAUCAGGGAGUUUAAGAUAUGCAGUGAGGAACAGUUGGAUGCUCACAGACUCAUCCGUCAUUUCCACUACACGGUGUGGCCAGACCAUGGGGUCCCAGAGACCACCCAGUCCCUGAUCCAGUUUGUGAGGACAGUCAGGGACUACAUCAACCGAAGCCCGGGGGCCGGGCCCACCGUAGUGCACUGCAGCGCUGGUGUGGGCAGAACAGGGACGUUUGUUGCCCUGGACCGUAUCCUCCAGCAGUUGGACUCUAAGGACUCCGUGGACAUUUACGGGGCAGUGCAUGACCUAAGACUCCACAGGAUUCACAUGGUCCAGACCGAGUGUCAGUAUGUGUAUCUGCAUCAGUGUGUGAGGGAUGUCCUCAGAGCGAGGAAACUGCGGAACGAGCAAGAAAACCCCCUGUUUCCAAUCUAUGAAAAUGUGAAUCCAGAGUAUCACAGAGAUGCAAUCUACUCAAGACAUUAAGAAUUCACCCGAAGAUUCCCUGGAUAAACGUUUUUCACUGUGUGACUUUAAAAAACAAAACAAAACAAAAAACCCUGCUUCAUGCCCUGUAGGGGUGCCAGCCAUUUCUGUGGAUACUAUGUAUAAUUUAUUAAUCUGGAGAAUGUUAAAGAAUGUAUGUAAUUUAAAGGUUAACAGAUAUUAUUGUAUAUACUUGUAUUUUGUAGUUUCUCCUGUAAAUAUGUAUUUUUUCAUAAUGUUUAAAAUUAAGCUUUAUAUAAUACUAUUUUUCCACACUAAAGUGUUCACGGCUUGUUCUACAUAAACCUAUUCAACCUGUAUGACAGGGCCACUGGUGAGACGUGUGUGUAGAAAAAGUUGCAAGGACAGUCCCUGGGGCUGUUUCUUACCUGUCCUGAUGGUCACUGGGUAAACAAAAGUCAGAGCUGGAGAGACCAUACCACAAGGCUAGCAAUGCUGAGCUGCAUUCUUACACGAACCCUGGGAUCUAAGGAGUAUAACAGCCAAACAAAGAUUAGGUCUGUGGCCAAACCUUUGUGGUAGACCAUAUGCCAAGAAAUUAAAACCAAAUUAAUGAAUUAAAAGGAGGAUUCCACAGCACCAAAGCUGAGCUUGGUGUCAUCUAAACUAAAAGCUUUUUGUCUGACUCCUUCUCCAAGGGUCCCUAGCCAUGGUCACCUUGAAACUUGCAGCUUCACCACAGGGUUAAGGGUUCCCAUAGUGAAUGACACUAACGGGAUCAUUCAGGAACCUGCCUGGGACCUCCUGCACAAAGCGGUGUGCUCCCCACAACAGUCCCAGCUGGUUUUCCUCUGGAAAGAGUCCUGGUAGAUUACACUCCUGAUCAGAGGAAGCACGGUAUGCUAACAACUAUGCUUAGAACUAUCUACAUCAUAUAAUGAGUUAAAAAGUAAGUGAUGGUAAAAAAAACACACACACACACACACACCACAGCUCUCCUUAGCUUAAAAAGCCUUCACAAGUUCUUUCUAAGUUCAUACAGUUAAAAUGUUGUCAAGGACUCACCUGAAGCUCCGUUUACUAUAAGUGACACCACACGCCCUACCAGUUUUAUCAUUAAGACCUGUGUUUUAUUUGACUAUGAAUAAUUCCAAGUGACUCAGAGAGUGGACAUUGACCGGAUCAAGGUCGGAUUCGUAGAUGUUUCCUGUGGAAAGUCUAGAAAGAGUCCCAGGGAUGCCUGAGUGAGACAUCACACUUGCUGACCUCAGAGCCUCACUCACAGAAACAGCACACCUCUCUCUCUCUCUCUCUCUCUCUCUCUCUCUCUCUCUCUCCCCUCUCUCUCUCCCCUCUCUCUCUCCUCUCUCCUCUCCUCUCUCUCCCCCCCCCCCUCUCUCACACACACAGGCAUUUUUGCUACAUAUCACAAAUUCCCAUAAUAGGAUGGACAUAAUUGAAAGUGUAACGAUUGAAAGUAAUUAACUGUACCUAUUGUGUAGGUAUAUAUCAUUGUAACUUUAGUUUGUAAAUAUAAUGUGAUAUUCAUCAUUACAUAACUACACACCCAACCUGGAAAUGUUUUUUUAGGGAGUGUUCGGAGUUUAUAGAAACAGGGGAGUGGUUCCACAGGAUCCCUGUGAACAGCAUUCAGGGUUCUCACGGUGUCCCUAUGCUCUGUGUCCUCGUGAAAAUGAGCUCCACCGGGCAGCUCUGGCCCUGUGCCCAGAAACAUGGCGGAUCUUUCGAACAGGAAACCGAGGAAGAGAGGUGUAAGCAUUCAACUGUAACCAGGGAGAAAAUAGAGGUGAGGCAUGGCUUUGGUGUAGGGUCUGUUAGGGAUCGUUGUUUUCUUAGAGGAAAAAGGAAGAAAACUAGGCUGAGGGAGCAGCUAUGAGGUAGCACGCUUGUGUGUCCAUCUCUCCCUCCUCCUGAGAAGAGAAAAGAAAGGGGGAGGGGAGGUGGCACCAAUGGAUGUUGUAAACCGAUGUUGCUUGGUGCAAAGCAUGUUGAUAACAUGGAAAGAGAGGUUCAUGUUCAUUCAGAGAAAAGUUCCAGCAGGGGCUUGAAACCUGCUGGGCCCAGUUCCAAAAUCCAUUUCUUUGUGUCCUCAAGGAGAGAAGCCCAGUGGGGUGAAAUUAGCACUGGUACUGUUUUCAAUAGGAAGGGGAAGACUGGUGAGGCGAGGAGAGCAUAGUGCUGCCCUCCCUGGGGCACCUGCCAGCAGGGGCUGGAGCUGUCUCUACCGCAAGUCACUAGGCAUAGAAGAGAAAGCAGCUAACUGCGCACACACGCAGUACAACCACAGAGCCCCUGCAGGUCUGUAACCGUAACUCACACACCUCAGAGCAUCUCAGGUGGAGUCUGAGUUACGGAAAUGAGCACAGCCACACCUCCAGGGGACAUCAUGCUUUCUCUCGCUCUCUAUUCCAGGGAAUACUAAUCUUUCCUCUAUACUAGUUUUAAAGCCCCCUUAGCAACAAAUACUUCUCUAUAAUCUCUCUCUUGGGAAGAUGUAAUACAAGUCUCAUUGAUCGAAUUUAGCAGAGAGCCAGACUGGGAAUGUAGCUACUGAUAGGAGGCUCACCAGGCCUGUGGGAGGCCCUGGGUUUAGUCUCAGGUACCACAAAUAAGAGAGAAAAAGAAAGGUUUCUUCGCGGUUCGUUCUGUUGGGUGCAUCUCCCCUUAAUUGCUUAAUUACGCGGAUGUGCCUCGGUAAGCACUCCACUUCCUGCCGUGCCCGGCAUCCUGGCAUCCUGUCUGCACCUGAGCUUGGCUCUGCUCAUUAAAGCUUUCAAGUACUUCAAGGUUCUCAGACCUUGAGAGAGUCUGUUUUGCAUCUUAAUAAUUAUUUACCCAGGUUCCUUAUAAUUAACUCCUCUAAUCUUUCACAUUCAAUCAAUUUCACAUUACCAGUCUGCUUUGCUCUGGAAGGCUGCCAAGUUUCCCACACUUGAAUCAGAUUUUUCAAAGAUGCAUCUCCCUGUCUGGGCUUGCAAACGUUCAUCUUGAGGAACUUCCCACCCUUCAGUACCCAGUAUUCCACCCUCCCAUUUCUUGCUGCUUCUUCCUGGCGAAUGGCUCGCUGUGCUGGGCAGACGUGACUUUAUCUUCAGUCCAUCUCCUUCCACACAUUGCUAGCAUCUCCUAACCUCAACACCAUACAAGAGUGAUUAAGACUUAAUUUUUCAACAUUGAAACGGCAACAACACAGCAAUCUGGGGUCAGUUAUAUUCAGGAGGCUCUGUAAUUAAUUUUGUUAUUACCUCUUGGAGGGAAGCCCAAAAUGAUAUGAGAAAGUAAUGUGAAACGCUUUAGCAGAUGGCCAGCAAUACAAAAAUAGGGCGCUCAUGAUACACUUCACAGUGCUUCUCUUAGCUCUGUGUUAAGGCUCUAACUCCUUAUAUUAAACACUUUCUGAUCCACUCACAAAAGGAAGGAAGGAAGGAAGGAAGGAAGGAAGGAAGGAAGGAAGGAAGGAAGGAAGGAAGGAAGGAAGGAAGGAAAGAGAGAGAGAAAGCAGGAAGGAAGGAAGGAAGGAAAGAAAGAAAGAAAGAAAGAAAGAAAGAAAGAAAGAAAGAAAGAAAGAAAGAAAGAAAGAAAGAAAGAAAGAAAGAAAAAGAAAGAAAGAAGGAAAGAAAGAAAGAUCUGCCAUGUACUAAAUUCUUGUUACUCUUGUCCAGUUAGUUCAUGAGCAUUUUGGAAAGUUGAAUCCUGAAGUUACUAGAUCUAUAUAUUUGCCUCGGAGCCCCAGCCACAGAACACUCUAGAAUUUUGUUCACACAAGCUUCCCCGACCAAACCUGACCAUGCCACACUGAAUAAGCAAUAAGCCAUAGCUGGUUGUUUGGAGAAAUAAUUCAGAGGUUUUCUGAGUUCUGUUUCAUUGGAAAAAAAAAAAAAGAAGAAUGUGAUUGGCCAGACAAGAGUUAGGUAAGAAGGCAUGAGUUGUCCCGGAGAGCAAGCUCUCAUCCCAGGAGUCCGCAGAGACGUGGCACGCCUGCCUGAACCUUCGUUACCACUCCAAAGAUCGUUAAUUAACCAAGCUUGAGAAGUCCAAUGUCUGAAGAAUGUUUCACAGCAAAGGAAACUUGACCACAACUGCAGAGAGGAAGUGAAAUGAUGAGAAGAAGGAAAGGCAGACAUCAGGAAGGCAGAAUGGCCCGUCUUCCUUCUUGGGAUGGUCUUUGAGCAUCUGGUCAUGUAUUUCUAUUAGGACAAGUGGACUGAACAUCCCUAAGCCCCCAAUUUGAAACUCACACUGUUCCCAAGUCCCAGGCUUGUUUGAGCACCGACUUGACGCAGUGGUAAGUUCCUCAGCUGGUCUCGUGAGGUCUCUCAGUCAGAACACAGGUCUAUUAUAACUACCAUGUAAACUUACUGUCAGCCAUUCACACAGAACACAUGAGAGACUGCGAUGAACUUCAUGUUUAGACUCAGGAUUCAUCCUCAAGACUCAUAUUUAUUCAAAUAUCCCAUAUUUAUUUUAAAAUCAGAUUCUGAUUGAAAGCAUUUCAGGUAAAGGAUCUCUGACUUGGGUGACUGUUGUUGGGAUUCACCGUGGCCACAUCGGUCAAGCUAACUAGCUGCAGUUGGACUGGCUCCCUUGGCUUUUGAAUUAACCAGGUGUGUGACUAAGUUUGCAGGGCUUGUCACUGCAGAGACAGCACCUUAGAGUCUUAUAGUGCAGGAUAACUAUAUAGGAUAUAGUGUUUGACCAUUUCGGUUGAACCCUAGGGUGACAUUCAAUGAGGCCAUGAUAACAACAAAAAUCUGGUCUCUUCUAAAACUGUGUGUAGCUCUGAAAACACUUCCGGCUGAAAGUACUUGUGAGGGUAUUUAUCCUUAGAAUAAAUACAUGCAUUUUAUUUUUCAAGGAUUGUUUAUAUAGAUAACAUUCAUUAAGUAAGGACAUUGUUGGUGAAUGCUUCCCAAAAUAGAAGUUUAUAUAAUGGAAAUACUUUAAAAAACAAUCUAUUAAAAGAUAUGCCAAAGAUUAUUUUUUAACCUAUAUGCCAAUGCAUAUGAUCUUAUGUAAGAUACCAAAGAAAGUUGUUCAAAACUGUAAAUAGUGUCAGACAAAUGUAACAUGUCUCUUCUCAGAAUAGUCACAAGAAAGAUUAUUUGGAUUGUUCUCUGCCUCAAGUAAUUUUCUUUCAGAAAUGUCAUCCUUGCCCCAUCAGUAAGCUUUUCCAUUGCCUCUGAGAUGUGUUUUAGGAGCUGUGUAUAUAAAUAUGCAUUGCAUUGAGAAAGGAAUACAUGUGAUUGUGGCUUUAGAAAUCCAACAACCUCCAUCUGCCAGUUGGUGGGAAGGUCUGCAUCAGAGUUCAGUGUCUCUGGCCUCAGUCACACUGACAAGAGAGGCCACAAGGUCCCCACUUAAAGAGCACUCCAUCUUGGCCAUUGUUUGUAUGACUCAGUUCUCCAAGAACAAAGAGCAAGUCUCUCUGCUUAACUUCCACCACUCGGAGACCAGUUCACCGCUCACACACCCCGCACGCACGGUUUAGAGCGGAAGUUGCUCCUGGCUGUGUGCUUUGGACGUUAGGUUGUGCCUACUGUCUCUGAAGUCCACAGAGGUGCAUUUGGCUGCCUCAUCAUCUGUGUGAAGCAUAAUAUAUAAUGUAAAUAAACCCAGCGACUGAACCUAUUAUGUUCUAUACUAGAGCACUUUCCUGGUUUCAAAAUCAUUUAUGUUCUCUGCAAAUCUAGUAAAAUGGCAGUAAAUGUAUUUAUUUUUUCCACACUGCAGCAUCUACCCACACUAUUGCAUUGUAACCGGUGUUGUUUGAACAAAGAACCUGGUCAGUCUUUCUAUUUAAAUAAUGUAUUGCUUAAUAUAUUUUCAGAUAUGUAACUGUGGUUAAAGGAAACCUAUAUGGAAUCUUGCACAAACUGUCACCAAUAUAGGAAUAAAAACUGCUGCUCAUUGAAA